AUGUCUUCUGUGAGGAUCUCGUCUGUGUCACUGUUCCUGCUGCUGAGUCUGGUAGCUAUGGUGAUGGCAGGACUAGCAGUCCCACGGAAUCCAGGAUGCCCAAAUGCUGAGGACAAGGAUUUCCCCCAGACUGUGAGGCUCAACCUUAGUAUCACUAACCAGAACACAAACUCCAGAAGGUCCUCAGAUUACUACAACCGGUCCACCUCACCUUGGAGUCUCCACCGCAACGAGGACCCUGAGAGAUACCCCUCUGUGAUCUGGGAGGCGAAGUGCCGCUACCUGGGCUGUGUCAAUGCUGAGGGGAAGGUGAACCACCACAUGAACUCCGUCCCCAUCCAGCAAGAGAUCCUGGUCCUGAAAAGGGAGAACGGUCACUGUCCCCGCUCCUUCAGACUGGAGAAGAUGCUGGUGACUGUGGGUUGCACGUGUGUCACUCCCAUCAUCCGACACGUGGGCUGA